AUGGCCCAAGACGAAUGCCAUCUCCUGCGUCUCUCAACGGAGCUCAUUCUCCAGAUCUUGGAGUAUGGCCCUACAUCGGCAUAUCUUGAUGUGGCCCUCACUUGCACUACCCUACACCACCAGUGCCGGAAUCUCUUAGAUCCUCACCAUGAAGCUCACGCAAAAUACAGAAUCACAUCAGACCUGUCAUCGGAAACUGUGAUUGGUCUACUCAAAGAUACUACCAAGACCAGAAUCGAGAGAUGGCAUGUUCGUGAGCUGGAGAUCUGGGGUAGCCGACAAGAUUGGGAGGAUUGGCGACCUUGGGUUCCAAAACUUCCCGGGACUUGCGGCCUUGCUGAUGGCUUCCCCAGAAGGUAUGGGCUGGAUUUGCAAGACACGCAGAGAUACAUCCGCACUGCACUGGAAUUAUGGACCUUUUCAGACUUCGACUCUGAGGCAAUCCAAUGGGAUCUAAAGGCUGGCCAGGACAGGUCCCUCAAACUCCUCCUCAUUGCAACAUGUCCUCGUCUUCACAGUCUGCGAUUCGUCAAAAGAGGCCUCGAUCCUCACACAACUCUGCAAUCGAUGAGAGAAGUCAUCAAAGAUAGUCGUCGUACAAAGGGCGGGCCACACGAGCUACAAGGCUUCGAGUCCCUGCGAGAUAUCGCAGUUGGUAUCGAGACAGAUCAACGUUCGUGGAACGACAUAAGUCCCCUCCGCGAUGCCCGCGACUUUGCAGCCCUUUUCUACAUACCAAACCUUGAAAGCCUCUACUUCAAUGAUUUGCACUACAUUGAAGAUGGCAACGAAGACUACCAACACUCCGAUGUGGUUGACCAGUAUGGCUUUCCACGCGGCACUUCGAGCGUCAAGCAUCUCUUCAUAGAUAGCGCUUCAGAGUUCUCUCCCGAAUAUUACCAAGGCAUAGCAGAUGUAUCGAAGAAAUUAGAAUCAGUCGUUUUGAGGGUUGCGAGUGAACAACGGCAAGAUCUUGACGACGUGGAUGUAAACUAUCGACUCGAUGACCUUGACGACUUUGGAAACUUGAAGCUGUUUACGUUGGCAGUUUCCGAUAUAGAGCUUGAAGAGCUUCACCUCAUGCAUAGUUCUCCCAAUGCAGAGCAACUUGCGGAAUACGUCUCUGACUCUUUCCCUGCUAGUACUGAAGCUAUUUAUGUCUGGGGACGAUCGGACGGGCAUGCGGACGACUCAAAAUCUGACGAUAUCCCAUCAGAUAUCCUCGACUCAACACUUGCGUCACUCAUCGAAUCUGGCGUCCUUGAGAACCUCAAGGUUGUUUACCUCGCGGACGUCGAGAAACGACAUGCUCAAGACAAUAGAGAGAUAGCUCUUGGGAGACCCAUCGACGUCGGCCUCAAGGAUGCGGGCCCAAAGCAACUGAUUCUGCAAAAGUCUGUCGCUGCAGGACUCAAGACUGGUGUGCAUGUGUGCACGCUGAUGAAUAGAGAUGAUGGGGGAUAUUGGAAGAACUUUCCUGGCAAGCCGGAUAGGUUUGAACUGAAGACUGGUCCUUGUUAUGGCGAAAGGCCCGCAUCGUGGAGAUUGAAUCUGCAGUCUGGAGAAUGGGGGCCGGAUUGCGAGGGUUGCGGAGAGUGUAAAGACUGCUUGGUCGUGUAUCCUGCUGAGUUGUGGAAGAGUAGUCGUCCAUGA